AAAAUCAUAACCGGCGCAAAAUGCAACAAGCUCAGACACAUCUAACUCUCUAGAUUAGAUUUGGAAGCAAACUUUCGAUCUAAUCUAGAUCUAGAUCUACUACGUACCUGAUUAGAUUGGGUAUAUUUAUAUAUUAAAAGAUUUUACAGAAAUAAUAUUUUUUAUGCAUUGACUGUGAGUUUUGUGUACUAAGAAUGGUUACUUCAUUAAAACACUCUAAGCUUUGAUCUGUGGGCAUUUAACUGCAAAUGGCUAGGUAUAUCUCCAGUGAAAGUGAUGAUUACUACCCUCCACCUCCAAGAACUAGGCAACAUUCACAAAAAAAUGAUGACAGACUCUAUCGUUUGACUGCAAAUUUACAGGAUACAACCAAAAAUUUGAAGUCUUUGGAUCGUAUGAUUGAUGAGUACACAUCAAUAGGACAGAGUCAUCGAUCAACAAUUGAUAGGCUUCAAGGUGAUUUAGACCAAACUCAAGAUGAUUUACAUUAUGAAAGAGCUCGGUCAGCUGCCUUGGAAAGAGAUUAUGGAAGUGAUUCUGAAAGUUCUCCACGUGGUGGAUAUCGUAGCAGAAGAUCAGCUGUAAGGUUUGCAGAUGACAUGAACAAAGAACUCCAUGGUAUACAUCAAUCUGUUCGAGACCUAUCUUCAGAACAAUUAAAACUGGAAGAAAGUUUUAACAGAGAAAUAGAUCGUAGAGACAGGCAUGAUAAUGAGACGAGACGUUCACUUGAAGAUAUAAAAGUUUCUCUGAAAGGAGUGACUGCCCUUGAUCCUCUUUCUGCUCGGGUGGAGAAGCGUCUGCAAGCGAUUCAGUCAGAAAUAAGAGCUGAGCGUCAACUGUUAGACAGAGACCAUCACAGAGAUGACUACAGUGCCUUAUCCAAUGAACUCAAAAAUGCUAUUCAGUCAACACAGGCUGCAAAUAAUUUAGAUGAGAAAUUAAGAAGCCAAUUCUUGCAAUCUGAGUCUCUUAGGCAUAAGGUGGAGAAUGAACUAGACAGUGUCAAACGAAGACUAGACCAGACAGAGGGAAGUCGAACAGCUCUUCAGUCCCAGGUUGAACAGUUAAGGUUACAGCUGUCUAAAGCUGAUCAGGAGAGACAUCGAAUGAGACUAGACCUUGAUGAAUCUAGAAUAGAGUCUGAGGUCAAAGAGCAAAGAAGACGAAGGGCGGUUGAGGAAGAAAAAUCAAAUAAUUUGGAAAGAGAACUACGAGAUUUGAAAACUCACUUGGCCAGAUCAGUUGGUGCAGUCACAGAGCUGGAAGAUUUAAGGAGGAGACUGGAUAAAAGUGAGAGGCAGUGCGCCCAGUUGUCAGAUCAUAUUGAGACAUUGGCUAAAGAUCUGGACAACAGAGAACGUCAAAGUGCCAAAGUUAUCACACAGUUGAAAGAUGUCUCUGAUAAAUAUGAAGAUGCUGACAGGCAGAGAAACUAUCUCCUUCAACAGGUGGAGGAACUUCAACAGAAGCUGGCAGUCACCACCAAAGAACUGGAGAAAACCAAACAUGAACAAAGAAACACUGAGCUGUGCCUUCAAGAUAGUGAGAAGAAAAAAGAUGAGUUCAAAGGUCGUGCUCAAGAGACAGUGCGACAAUGGAAAGCCAAAGUCAAAUCUCUUGAAAAAGCUCUUGAUCGUCAGAAACAUGGCACGAGUGAGAUGCUAAAUCGUCAUGAGCAGCUGAUCAAAGAGUUAGAAGGUUUUAAACAGCAUGGAAAUUAUCAUCAGCUACAGAUUGAGAGCAUUAGAAGAGAGUUGGCUGAUGCCUUGGCAGUUAGAGCAGCUCAAGAUGAACAGCUGAGAUUGAAGGACAUUGAAAUUAAUGAGCUGAAAUCUUUGAGAAUGGAUCUGGACAGAGAGUAUAGAGACUCAAGGUCAAUAGCAGACAAGAUGGAAGGUGAACUUCAUAGCCUAAGAUCUAGAGUUGCCUGUUUGUCUGAAGACAAACAUCACUUGGAAGACAAACUGUCAGCAGUGGAAUCAGCUCACCUGUUAGCACAGGAUCAGUCACGUUCUCUACAGGAUGAACUGAAAGAGUUGAGUAAUAUUAAAGCAGCUACUGCUACACAACUGGCAGAGGCACUUGCAAAAAAUCAUGACCUGAUGCAGGCUGUUGUUGAGCUUCAGCAUAGAGAGAGAGGGGCCAGGGAAGAAGUGGAGCUGUACAAAAAGCAGCUUCACCAGGAAAGGAAUGGACUCAGCAAAGAUUAUGAAACAUUAAAACAGGAGCUCAAUGAAGCCAAAGUGAGAGAGGCCCAUACCAUCCAAGAAUUAACCAGAAAAUUCAGGGCCCAUGGUGCAGAGCAGGAAGCUGCUAUCCAGGCAUUAAAGAUGGAAUUAUCUGAAGAAAAAAGUAAUGCUAAAAUUGCUAACAGAAAUGCUGACAGAUUAAAAGAAGAAUUAGAUAUUUUAGAGAAAAGAUUUAAAUUAGUUGAAGAAGAGAAUGUAGGUAUGAAAAGAAAGCUGGACUUAGUGAGACAAGAAUUUGAAACUCAGACUCACCUGGCUGAGGAUGAUCUACACAGAGUGAAAAAGCUUGAAGGCCAGUUAGGGAAUGCUCAUCUAGACCUGGAGAAACUGGAAAAACAACUCAUUAAUGUCAUACAGGAACUUGCUAUAGAAAUUGAUGCUGUGGUGGAAACUGCUUCUGUUGAUGCUACCAGUCAUUGCCAGCCCAUCAAUGGACUCAAGAAUCUGGUUUCCAUUGGUACUGGUGUUCCAAGUCAUUUAAUAACAGAAAUGAGGAACAAGAUCAAGUGGCUGAGGUCAGAAUUCAGAGAGCGCCUUGUGCGAGAGCGCCGGUUGCGCCAGGAAUUCAGGACAGCUCUGUCAGCUUCAGAUGCCGAUCGCCAGUUUCUUAUCCAGGAACUUGUCAGGAAAGAUGAGGAGCUAGAUGAUUUAUUUCUGGAAAAACAAGAGAUUGCAUUAAAAGAAAUUCAAAGCAUGUGCACUGUAGAGAAACUGGAAGAGCACGUCCUUGACCUUUCCGAUGAGCUUCAGCUAAGAAAGCUAAAAGAGGAAGAGCAGAAGAAACUCUUCGUGCGAGAGAAGUACAACAUCAUCUCAGACAUGGAAGAUAUUCUGGAUGCUCAAAAGGAGAAAGCCAAAAUUGAAGAAAGAUAUAGAAGAUUGCAAGACACGCUCAAAUCACUUCAGCAGGACUUGAAGUCUGGCUCAAUGGACAUCGGCAAGAAGGGAAGUGGAGUUCUAAGAUCAACCAGUCCUAAUGGAAUAUUGAGGUCUUCCAGCCCUAAUGGAAUAUUGAGGUCUUCUAGCCCUAAUGGAAUAUUGAGGUCUUCUAGCCCUAAUGGAAUAUUGAGGUCUUCUAGCCCUUCUUCCAAUGGAAGAAAAAAGAACCAUGUCAGAAUCUCUGCCUGUACACCGACAAAAGAGUUCAACUCAGAGGACCCUGUGACACAGUGCCACACACCACCCCCGCUCUCUUUGAGUGAUGAAGAGUUCCGUGCUAGAUUCAUCCCAAGGACACCUACUGAGCCAGAUAGCUGGGGCUGACCUUUGGAUGCCAAGACUUAGCAUACUUGGGACUGUGGACACAACAAUUGAAAUAGGUUAUAUGACUUAGACACCAAGAGGACUGUGGAUACUACAAAGGAAAUAAACCAUAUGACUUAGACACCAAGAGGACUGUGGAUACUACAAAGGAAAUAGACCAUACGACUUAGACACCAAGAGGACUUUAAAUGCUACAAAAGAAAUAGACCAUAUGACUUAGACACCAAGAGGACUUUGGAUGCUACAAAAGAAAUAGACCAUAUGACUUAGACACUAAGAAACUCCAGGCUUACUUUCAGCAUAGACAACUUUUAGAUUAUUCCAGUGAUACGACUUUGACUUUGAAUGUUGUGUUUUUUCAUACUAGUGUUCAAAGUCCUUAGUUCUGAUUAUAAAUGACUGUGCUUGCUUACUUUUCUAUUAAUGAAUGUAGAAAUACUGAGAUCACUUUUUACUCAUGUAAACUCUUUGUGCUAAGACUUCUAUCAGUAUUGCAUCCCAGAUAUUUAUAGACUCUAUGUAUCCUUUUAUCUCUAUAUAAAAGCUAUAUUUUCAAAAUAUAAUAUUGUAUGAUAUUUUAGUUAUGAUCUAUUUACCUGACUUUUUUUUCUCAAAAUGGCCAAUAUUACUAUUUUAAAAAAUGUAUGUUAAAUGAUAACUGCCUUUUUUCAAAUUGUUUCUGUGGCAGUUGUUGAGAAGAGACUGGUGCAGGUUAAGUUCCACACAUUUAUUGUUUGUCUUACCCUCCAGCCCCUGUGUCUUGCUUCAUUAUUUGUACUAAACAUUUUUUAAAACUGUAUCUGACAAUCAAAUAGAACAGUUAAAGUCUUAAGUCAUCCUACGUACUGGUAUAAAUAAUGUUCCCAUUACCUUAGCAAUUGUUAAUGUAUUGGUUUUUUCUUCUUCUAGGAAAUACCAUUGCUAUUAUGUUUAUACAUUAUAUUCACCUCAUUACUUAUAUUUUUAAAAAAUCAGUAUUGUUGGAAGGUUAAAGAAUGGGGAGGGGCAAAGAAAGGUGGGAGUGCCAAAGUGUUUUGAUUGACAGCACUUUUGUUUCACUCUAUACCCAAAUAUCGGUAAUGCUCUUGGUUAGACUUUUAAUGUUCAUAUAUCUUUCUCUUUAUUGCAUGUACACUUUGUAUUACUGUAAUGAUUCUCUUGGACCCUCAGUUUUUGGUCAUGUAUAUUAUAUAAAAAAGCCUACAUUAUUUCUACAUAAUGUUCUCUUGUUUAUAUUUCUUUCUUGCCAAACUGUUGUUAUUUCCAUCUUGUGUAUAAAGUUGUUAAGUGAAUGUGCAUGUGAUUGUUUAUGUUUUUGUGUAAUAAAGAGCUAGUAAUACACUUAGGCUCUGGCCUGACCUCCAGUCAUCAAAACUGGGCUCCAAGUUGAGUUUACGGAUCACACUGCUAUGUAAUGAACUAAAUUACUUUUAUAUACACAGAAAUUUAAAAUUCACUAAUCUUAAAAUUAAUUUUUUUGUAAUUUCAUGUCAAGAUUUUACCUAGGCCUUUUGAAACUAGAUCUGUCACCAUAGUAUCAUGUAUUAUUUUGGAGUACUACUCUACCAACUCUGCCAGUUAACUUCUUUUGCUUUCUGUAGCCUGACAUUUUUAUAUUCGUCAAUAACAUUUCUCCAUCUUUCUCAUUCAUAUAUUCGGGAAUCAGAAAUGGCAGCUCUUAAUUGCUCUAUGACGUGCUUGUCAAAUAGUUGUUAUAUGUCUAGUUCCUUGUCAAAUACGGAGAAGAUUUUUUUCUAUCAUUCAUCGUUCUGUAACUUCCAAUACAACUUUGAUUAAUUAUUAUCUUGUUGGAACCUAAUGCAUGCUUAGGAACUUAAAAUAGUAAUGUAAGGACUAACUCUUUUAAUUUGUAAAUGUGAUAAGGACUGGUUCUAACAGCAGUUUCCAUGGAGGAUGAAGGUGGUGGUCCUGCAUCAUUUGUCUCAAACAUUGUUAUAAGCAUCCAGUAUUCCACAUGUAAUAACAAAAACUCUCUUUGUUCAAUCUUUCUUUUGAAACAUCUUUUUUCCUGAUUCUCUGUGUAUGCUUUAGACAAACAUUAUGUGUAAUACAAAUUAUGUAUGUUAACAUACAUUGAAUAUGCAGUAGACAUUAUUACUGUACAAAGGCCAAAUAUAUAUAUAUAUAUACAUUGUGUAUUUUUUUUUUACAGACACUAUUAUUCAUUAUACUUUUUGAACUGAACAUUCCACUUUACAACUUGUCGUUGUUUACAGGAUUCUCUCCACUUAUUUUUUUUGUCUCCCUUUCAAAGCUGAGAAAUCUGUGAUACUUUGACUAAACCACAUUACCACUAGCAUUAAAUCUUCUCAUUAAAUGUACACUAUUUAAUCAUAGCCAAACUUAUAGUAGUCUUGUAGUUUUCUUUACUAUGUAUAUUAGUAGGUCACUAUGGUAGUGCACAGUAGUCCAAUUAAAUAUUAACUGAAUGUCAUUCAUGUGUUGUUGUUUUUUUAAUACCUACUGGUAUUUGUAUUCAUGGCUGUUGUUUUGUAAACUUUGAUGACUGCAUUUCUAUAUGACAGUCACUCAUUGAGAAAAGAUCAUGUGAUUUGUUUGUGAUAUACAUACUUCCCUUGCCAAAUGAGCUAUAGACUUAAAAGCUAUGUGUUGAAUAUUGAGAAAUAAAGGAAUCCCAUAUUUUUUA